UUUAAAUGCAUUUGAUAUCUACGGGCCAGUUGGUGGAUUGUGAUAAUUCUUCUAACUAAUCCCUUGGGGUAAAUCUGUCACCAUGUUUUGGGAUUUGAUUAGAAACAACAAUCCUGGGGGGGUAACAGAGGACAGUUUGAUUCCCUGGUAGUAUCACAGCACAUAUGCUAAUCAACUGGAACUAGGAUAUAUGUCUGUAAUUGAUUAUUUGUUGUUUAAACAGGAAAAACACUAUUGAGGUACAUUUCUCUCUUACUUCUCAUUUUAAAGUCUACAGUAUAUGGGUGUGAUCUUAUGUUGCACAACCUCUGAAAGCAUAUGAAACUAUGACAUUAAUUAUAGGCCUAAUUCUCCCUUUGCUUUUAUUUUGCACAUGGAUCACUUGGAAUGAAUCGGUGGAUGUGCCUCAAUUGUUGAUCAUCUUCUACUGAGUUCACUGGUCAACACAGAAAAGAGUCGGCCAGAGAAUUGAACCCUGUGGCACCCCCAUAGACUGCCAGAGGUCCGGACAACAGCCCCUCCGAUUUGACACACUGAACUCUAUCAGAGAAGUACCUUUCCAAUCUUUGUGAAUCUCAGACGAUACGAAAGAGGUUGAACAGUGUGACUGGGGACCAUGACGACAGAGGUUGGAUCUGAAACAGAGGUGAAAAAAGAGCCGGAGAAGGCGGAGGAGCAGCCUGCAGAACCUGAACGACCAGCCACCAACCAGACAUACGAGGUCAAGGUCGUUGAGGCCGCUGAGCAGUCCAACGAAAGUCCCGCUCUGGCCACAGACUCAGCAGAGGCAAAGGAGAACCAGGAGGAGGCCCAGCCUGCCGACAACGCCACAGGACCGGAGGGAGAGGAGCCCCCAGCCUCACCACCAGCUUCAGAGAAGAAAGGCAUCUCCAGGUUCCUCCCUCCAUGGCUUAAGAGGCAGAAGUCUCAGAGUGUGGUGGGACCCAAAGAGAGCCAGGUGACACCCAAGGAAGAGGGAGGUGUGGUUCUGGUGAACGGGGAGGGUGAAAAGGCGGAGCAGGCCGAAGCAGAGCAGACAUCAUCGACCACAGCAGCUGAGCCACAGGUUGAAGAAGAGCAAGUGAACGGCGAGGUGGAGCCAGAACAGAAAGAGGAAGUGAAUUCAGAGGAACCCGCGGAGAAUCAUUCCACUGGCAGUGCAGAAACCCAGGAGGAGAAAGCAUCAGAGAAAUCUCAGGAGAAGAGUGCAGCGGAGGAGGAGAAAAAAGAAACAGAGGAAGGAGGAGAGAAGAAAGACCAGGAAGAGUGCUUGAAGCCCGAGGGAGGGCGUUAUUUUAUCAAGUCGCCUCUGAAACUGACCAAGAAGGUGAAGAUGGUGAUGUGUCAUGUGAUCAUGCUGGAUGGAAGCCAGUUCCCCUGUGAGGUGGAGAAACGGGCCAAAGGCCAGUACCUGUUUUUCAAAGUGUGUGAAGCCCUGAACCUACUGGAAAAGGACUACUUUGGGUUGAGUUACAAAGACAACGCUGACCAGACGUGCUGGCUGGACCCUACAAAGGAGAUCAAACGUCAGAUCUGCAAUCCCUCCUGGCAGUUAGCGUUCAAUGUCAAGUUCUACCCUCCUGAUCCGUCCCAGCUGACCGAGGAUAUUACCAGAUAUCUCCUGUGCCUUCAGCUGCGGCAGGACAUAGUUUCGGGGCGUCUGCCCUGCUCCUUCGUCACCCACUCUCUGCUGGGUUCCUACUCCCUGCAGGCCGAGCUGGGAGAUCACGACCCCGAUGAGCAACGCCUCGACUACAUCAGUGACUUCCAGUUUGCCCCCUCACAGACUAAGGAGAUGGAGGAGAAGGUGGUAGAGCUCCACAAAACUCACAGGGGGAUGACUCCUGCUCAAGCAGAUACCCAGUUCUUAGAAAACGCCAAGAAGUUGUCGAUGUAUGGUGUCGAUCUCCACCAUGCCAAGGACUCUGAGGGAGUGGACAUCAUGUUGGGAGUGUGUGCCAAUGGCCUACUGAUCUACAAAGACCGACUCCGGAUAAACCGCUUUGCCUGGCCAAAAAUCCUCAAGAUCUCCUACAAACGUAGCAACUUCUAUAUCAAAAUCAGGCCGGGAGAGACGGAGCAGUUUGAGAGCACCGUGGGCUUCAAGCUGCCCAACCACCGCUCUGCCAAGAGAGUCUGGAAGGUCUGCGUGGAGAAUCACACCUUCUUCAGGUUGAUGACUCCAGAAGCGCCCACUAAAGCCAAGUUCCUCACACUGGGCUCUAAAUUCCGCUACAGUGGGCGGACCCAGGCCCAAACACGACAGGCCAGCACCCUCAUCGACAGGCCGGCACCCUACUUCGAGCGCACCUCCAGCAAGCGCAUCUCACGAAGCCUGGAUGGAGCGCCAGUGAUCAACAUGAUCGAGGCCCAGGACUCGGCCCCCACCUCUGUGGGGAACGGCAGGGAGCCUGGCCUGGAACUCUCCUCUGACUCCUCCAAGGUAGAGGAGGAGCCUAGCGAAAGGGCGGCGGCCACACCUACUGAAGGCACUGAGAUGAAAAGAGAUGAGCCAGACUCCUCCCAGCAGAGCGGAAAGUUGAGAGUGCAGGGGGAAAAUAUAUAUGUCAGACAUAGCAAUUUAAUGUUGGAGGACCUGGAUAAGACUCAGGAGGAUGUUUUGAAACAUCAGGCUAGCACUAGUGAGUUAAAGCGCAGUUUUAUGGAGGCCACCCCUGAGACGCGUCCCAGUCAAUGGGAAAAGCGCCUCACUGCCAGCCCGGCUACCAGCCUGCGUCUGCAGGCCCAAGGGAGGAGCCCCCCACCCACAACCCAGGAGCCUCUCUCUGACCUCACAGUGGACACGGUCUCUAAGAGUUCAGAUGACAAACAGAAAUCAAACGAGACAACGUUGCAGGCAGCAGAGGUUGAGAUAGAAGAGACGGUAGUCGUCGAGGAGAUCAGGGUGGCACCCAAAGGCUCUGUCACCAUCACCACCCCCGAGGUGGUGGUCACCCCUGUCGCCGUGGAGACCGAGGUCGAGAAGCCCGAAGAGGAAGUGAUAGAGGAAGUGAUAGAGGAAGGUAAGGAGGAGCAGAAGAGGCCUGUGAGCGUGUCCUCGGACAGCCACAGUGAGAGCGAGGAGGAGGCAGGGGAGUACCACCCCCAGGUCACUGUCAGCACCUCAGUGGAACAGAUCAAAGAAGAGCCUGGGGAAGAGGAGAAGGAGGAAGUGGACGACCAUGAAGAACCAGAGCAAGUCGCAGAGCCCGAACCACUCCCAGAGGUUGAGGUAGAGACCAGGCCUUCCCCUGCAGUAGUGGAAGAAACGCCUAUGGCAGAGCCAGAGACAGCCCUUGUGGUCGACGCCCCCGCUGAGGAGGAACGUACCAAGGACAUCCUGGUUACCCUCGAGGAGGCCCCUAACGGGCAUGCUGAGGACCAGCCUGGCCUGGUGGCUGUGGAAGAAGAAGAAGAAGAGGAGGAAGAGGAGGAGCCCAGAGUCAACGGGGAUGCGUCUCACGCUGAGACGGAGCGCAUUCCUCAGGUUAUUUGUUGCUCUGAGCCACCUGUGGUGAAGACCGAGAUGGUGACCAUCUCAGACACGUUUGCGGCCCAGAAGACUGAGAUUGCCACUAAGGAGGUUCCCAUCGUGCACACAGAGACAAAGACCAUCACUUACGAGGCUGCACAGCUGGACGGCAGUGGAGACGGUGAACCAGGCAUUCUCAUGACCGCCCAAACCAUUACCUCUGAGUCGCUGUGCACCACCACCACCACACACAUCACCAAGACAUUAAAAGGUGGUCUCUCAGAAACCAGGAUCGAGAAGCGCAUUGUCAUCACCGGAGACUCAGACAUCGACCACGAUCAGGCCUUGGCCCAGGCUAUAAAGGAAGCCAAAGAGCAGCACCCUGACAUGUCAGUGACCCGGGUGGUGGUCCACAAAGAGACAGAGCUGGCCGAGGAGGGCGAGGACUGAGGCACCAGAGCUGAAGAGCCUGUGAAGUUCAUACAUGGAUGUUUGAGAAACUCCUGUCAUCUCCCAAACUGAGAGUCAACCUGGCGAGAAGACAAGGUGAAGACAACCCAGAGGCUGAACUCCUAUGUGUCUGUUUCAUCGCACGCCUUCCUUUUUUAUCACUCAGAAGAGAACCACUUAGCUAAUGUUUGUAGUGCGUUUUUAUUCUUAUGUGUUUUUUGCUAAAAGAAGAAAAAAAUGGCUAUCAUUGUUAAAACUAGAUAGGAUUUAUCAAGUGGUAAUUUUUAUUGUUGCGCAGUAUUCACAUUCCUAGUAUGUACAGACAGCUGGUGUUAUGAGAAAGUACAUUUCAAUAUCUAGCUUCCUGGAUCCUCGCAUCUGUAUGUGGACAGGAAGUAAGACUAGGUGGAUAUUAGCUUUGGACCUAGUCUUGUUCUAUGUUCUUAGAGCCAGAUGUUUAUCAGUUUUUUUUUUUUUUU